AUGAACUUCUCUGUGAGCAUCAGCGACUGGGAGGAGGGUCAGCGCAUUUUCAUGGUGGGAGAUCCUGAAGAGUUGGGCAGCUGGGUGAUUGAGAAGGGCUUGCCGCUGCGCAGCUUCGACCGUGGGCAGACUUUCACAGCUACCCUGCCGCUGGAUUUCUUGAACAAGGGUUCCUUCGCGUACAAAUAUGUGCGGGCAGAUGCGAUCCCUGAGUGGGAGCGCGGCGCAAACCGGGAGUGGCGGAAGCCAGAGAGGCCUCUGCGUUGUGGAUAUCCGAGUUUGACCAUGAAUGACGGUUCUUUCAGGAGUGGCCAGCCAAUGGGCGACGAGAAUGCUAACAAGAUUGGGUAUUUUGCGAGUAAUGCCGCCGCAAAGGACUGGACACAGAGCCACCUUGCCUCCAUUCGCGCAGAUUUGCAUGAAUCGGAGACGAGGGUCCAGAGAAUGAUCAAGAUGGAGUCCGAGAGGCUGCAGCAGCUUUUCAACCGUGCCCAACACGAGAUCAGUGACCUGGCAGUGAAAGUGAAGGGAAGGCCACAGAGAACCCCAGAGGUGACGCAGCAAGGCAUUUCAUAUGCAAAUAUCCAACACAUGAUCAAGACGGAGGCCUCCAAGGCAUGUGAGCAGAUCCUUCAAUCAAAACUUGGCGCCUGGGAGGAGCACUUCCGACGUUUGAUUGAUGACAGCAAUGCUCAGAUUUCAGAGGUGAUUGAUGAGUUGGACGAGAAGGUUGGAAUGAUCAAGAUAGAAACUGACGAGACAUGUGCUCAGUGUCAAGCAGACCUUGGUGUCCAAUGUGACCGUCUGCAAUGCAAGAUCGAUGCAGUCAGUGCCAUGGUUCCAUCGCUGGAGAAGGUUGUGGAGGAGUGCGGCCCAGUGACGCAGGAAACGAUCGGCGACUUGGACAAGAAGAUCCAGACGAUGAAGGGUGAGCUUGAUGUGCGGUGUGCACGUCUCCAACAUAAGAUCGAUGCAGUCAGUACCUCGGUUCCAUCGCCGGAGAAGGUUGCGGAGGUGAUGGAGAAGACAAUCGGCGACGUUUACAAGAAGAUUGCGCGUUUGGAGCGUGAGAUCAGUGAUGUCGCCGCAAGGAUGCCGCGGUCUACAAAGGUUCCGGAGGCGGAGGCUCGAUUGGAGCGCUCAGAGAGACGAAUGGCAGGGAAGACUUUGGAGGAGCGGGCAGUAGAGGUGGAACUGCGACCGCCGGGCGUCGGGCAGCCGAAGGUGGAUUUGUUGGAGGUGCCUGGUUCGAGUUCGGGUGCCGACCCAGGACCUGACCCAGCUCCUGUCGGGCUUCCUCCUCCGCUGGCCUCGAGCUUCACAAGAGAAGAACCCUUCGCCGGCGACGUGCUGCAGGCCGCGCGAAUUCCAAGCGCGACUCCGCCCUUGGCGCCGGCUUCCAGGCGCCUUUGGGAAGGCCCCGCCGCUCCGGAGUUCGAGGGCCACCGCCGGCCUCCGCGCCCGGAGGACCCGGAGCUGCGGCGGCUCACGCUGCAGGUGGAGCAAGACCUUUGGGCGGCCAGAAAUACAAACCUCCCUGUGCAAGACCGGAAGAAGCUGUUGCAGAAGGUGUUCCUGAAGAUCCAUCCUGACAAGAACAAGGACCUGGACACUCACGAGUGCAUGACUUGGUUCGAGCAGUGGAAGCAGAAACAUCUGGAGUGGUACUUCGAUCCUCACGACGUGCCGGACCGGAGGUUGAGCUGA